AUGAACUACACCUACGACCCGGCUGAAGUCCAGUACAUCGUCCGUAUCCACAACACCAACAUCGAUGGUACGAAGAGGAUUCCCUUCGCUCUUACAAAGAUCCGGGGGAUAGGAAUAAGAAUCGCAACGGCUAUCUGCAAGCGCCUUGGAAUCGACCUGAGAAAGCGUGCAGGAGAGAUGGGGGAGGAUGAGAUGAAGAGGAUCAGUGAUGCAAUUCUCGACCCUGCAAGUGUUGGGAUUCCCGAGUCCUACAUGAACCACCAAAGAGAUAUCAUCGACGGAACAACAUCCCAUCUCAUAGGUACAAGGCUUGAUGCGGAUCUAAGGAUGAUGAUUGAAAGGGGAAAGAAGAACAAGCGUAUUAGAGCAUACAGGCUUGACGUUGGGCUUAAGGUACGCGGGCAGAGGACCAAGUCAAACGGCAGGCGUGGAAGGUCUAUGGGCGUUUCAAGAAAGAAGUAA